AUUCUGCUUUUAUAGACAAAUUACCUCUAUAUUAUCUUUAUUUUUCAUGAUAUUAUUCUUAAUAUCAAGAAAUGGCCGUUUUUUUUCGAGUUUUUGCAGAGUUUUUGGAGAAAAUAAUAUUGACAAAAUAGCUUGUAAUUUUGUUCCUGAAGUAGAGCAAGAACCACCUCGUUUAUAUAGAAUUCUAGCAGCAACAGUUCUUCUAAGGUCACCAGUUAUUACAGAAGAAAAAACGCCUUUUGAAAAGGCCUAUUAUGCAUAUCAAAGACAAUUAAAUGAGAGAUUAGCAGCACCUUUUCCAGUAGAUUUUUAUUUCAAGAAAGGGUCUUCAGCAGAGAGGAAAUGGCUUGAUAAUGAAGCAAAUAAAGCCAAAACGAAAUCUGUUUCUGAUGAUAUAUAUUCUGAAUUGCAAGAUAAAAAGGCAGAUAUUGGUUUACCUCGUGAAACAGAGGCAGACCGUCAAGGAGAUUUGCGUAGUUUAGAAAGAAAACUAGAUAAAACAUUAUAUCUUCUUGUAAAAAAACCUAGAGAAGAACAUUGUUGGCAAUUUCCUCAGGGUGUAGUAACAGAUGAUGACUUCUUACAUACUGCGGCUCAGCGAUCGUUGUAUGAAUUUUGUGGAAAUAAUAUGAAUGUUUGGUAUGUUGGUCAUGUGCCUAUCGGUAAUGGUAAAUAUAAAUAUCCAAAAGGUUAUAGUGACAAAUUUUAUGGUGCUAAAAUAUUUUUUAUCAAAGCUCGAAUAAUGGCUGGACAUGUUAAAUUAGAUGGUAAAACUGUUGUUGACUGGCUUUGGGUUACAAAAAACGAGAUAAAACAAUAUGUUUCCAAAUCUUAUUGGAACUUCAUUCAAGCCAUGCUUUAAUAAACCCUAUUAAUUUUAUCGUUUUCUUCAUUUGUAAUAUUUUCA